CCCUCGUGCUUUUCUUUCCCAUAAAUCAAUUCAUUUCAUUUCAUUUUUUUUUUAAUCACUCGAUUUUGAUACGCUUCAGAGUUUGGUUUUUUUUACUCACUGGCAGUGUUUCCUGAAAUUCAAUACUUUGUAUUCUUUUUGCUACCACUCCUUCUUAUCACAAACACAACACGCGAAGCAGCAAGUCAUCGCUUUAUCUACGCUCGCGGUUUAGCUCGGACGAUCACUACAAGCGUCCUGAUAUCGAUACAUCGCUAAACGUCAACUUUCUACCAGACUCUUCCCCGAAAUUUUUUCGAUGAGUUUCACCAUGCCAACGUUAUCAAUAUCUCGCUGGUGCGUAGGAUUAUACCUAUUGUCGAAUAUUAUACAUUCCACUCUUGCCCAAGGAGCACCAGUUGUGUCCAGCAGCUGUUCGGAUUACCCCGGAGGCAUUUGUAGUAAUUAUGUGGAUUAUUCCAUUUUCACGGGCAAUGUCGGAGUUCCGAUGAUCGAAAACCAACUUCAUGUAUUAACCAAUAUCUCCACUUUGCUGGGCAAAAUUGAUGAAGCAUGUGUGGACGCAUAUUACCGAUAUGAAUGUUCCGCCAGUUAUCCUAGGUGUGAAAUGAGUUCAUCGCAAGAAAUUAAAAUAUGGGUGGGCUGUACUUCCGCUUGUCAGGACGUUCAUUCGAACUGCAAAAAGGUGUUUCAAUUACUCGACAGGACCGACCUGUUGCCGAACUGCGAUGCCGUUUCGCCCAUUACACAGCAACCCCUUCAACCCGAUGACAGUUGCAACCAUAUCCCACCCAAAGUCUCCGAUCAACAUGGCGAUUUAAACUUAUCAGCUGUGCCAGAAGGGUUUGUGCUGGGGUCCUGCCCCGCUCCCUUUCUCAAAGAUCCGCUUGCGAAGCAAGGCACAACAGAUACGACCAAUCCAACCUACUGCCGGUUUGGCUGCUGCGUUCCAUGUCCCGCUCAAGAACUGUUUUACAAUGAAGGAUGGAUGGUUCACGGGUUCCUGGCAACGGAUAUCGUUCGCUUUAUCUCGGCAGUGGCUUCCUUUGUUAUUCUCGUCAGUUAUCUCGUCUUGCCCGAUAAACGAAGGCAUCCGUCCUUGGCCAUUUUGAAUCUUUCAUUGGCUAUAUUUCUAUUCAGCAUGACUGUGUUCUUCUCUAUUGGUGAUCCCCGACGAUUGCAAUGUGCUGCGGAUCAUAUCAAUCCUGGUCAGCAGGACAACAACAUGCUGUGUGCAGCCCAAGGGGCGAUCUUAAUAUUUGCCUCCCUCGCGACCUGUACCUGGUGUGCCGCGCUUAUUCUGAACUUGCAUUUUCACACGGUUUGGAACUCGAGUUUCUUUGCCAACCGAUACUACAUUCUAUAUGUCGUUUGUUGGGGUAUCCCCACGGCUGUCAUGGUCGUUGCCCUGGGUAUGCAUGUUAUCAAGUUUGAAUUCGCCAAUUUAUGCUUAGUAUCGGUGGAUCAGAUAUUUAAUCUGUUCUUCUAUCCAAUGGCGGCGGUCGUUUGUCCUGCAUUUCUUCUUCACAUAUGUACUUUCUUGUAUAUUGCCAAGGUGGCUUUCCGUGAAGGCAUUGAGUCGGAAAUGACGCAAUCGCUUUCCACAAGUUCAUCAACGCAGAUUCAACGCGCGGCAUCGGCUCAGCGUCAUAAGCACGUGGUAACGGCGGUGAAGAUCCAGUGGCGUGGAUUGCUCCUCGCUAUCUUAUCUUGUGGCACGGUGAUCUUUUAUUGGAUAUUUUAUCUCACGCAAAUUCAUCGAUUGACCGACCUUGAAGGCGACCAAUCCAUCACCACGCGAUGGUUGCAGUGUAUGCUACUUGAAGAUAGCAACCAGAAUGCUUGCGUAGGUAUUGUGAGCCCCCAUUUGCCGCCGUUCGGUCUAAUGAUCACCGCCGAAGCAUUGGUCAGCCUUAUUGGCGUUUGGUUGUUCCUAAUCUUUGGCAAACGCUCGUUGUGGCGAGAGUGGAAUGACAUGUUGUACGAUCUUCGUGUGACUCUGAGCGGUCGUGAUCGUUUCGUCAAGAAUGGCGAGCAAUUUUACAGCCUCUAGAUGGCAGCGUCUUUUUUUUCUUUUUCUCGGUUUUUGUACGAACAUGCUUGUUUGAUUCACCUUUAAUUGUUUCUAGCCUAUAACUGUUUUACCAUUUCUAAUUCACUUUCUUUAUGAUGUAUUCCUUAUCCUUAACUCUUUCUCAUUGCACGAUAUAAAAAUUUCAGAAUUCUCCGCUAAUGCCAUGGCAACAUUAAAUGUAUACCAGAAAUACCGAUCCAAAUGACCAUAAAAAUAGACAAAGUAGAAGUCAAAGUACUGUAGCAAAAGGCAUAUUCGUUAAAGGGCAGCUCUGCUUUUAGAUAUCAAAACUAUGCAAGAUAGUCAUAAAGUGUCCGUAUCAGCUAAAAGAAAAGCAAGCAAAUAAAA